AUGAGCCACGAGGACGGGCUGUUUCACCGACGUUGCUCCUCUUCGCUGCGCGAGAGCCAUGGCUACCUUCUCGCUUCUCGGCCUCUUAUUUCUCUGUCAUCUUUUAACAUCGUCCUCAGCGCAGCCCUGCGUACAGGUAUCAUGGUCAAUGGUAUAUUGUGCGAGGGGCUGCUGGGCUCGAACGCGCCAGUUGGAACGAGACCAAUCCCUAGAGGGCCUCCAGGGCCACCUGGACCACCAGGGACUCCUGGAAAAGACGGCAUUGACGGACCCAAAGGGAAAGCAGGAAUCCCUGGGGCUGAGGGCAGUAAAGGGCUGCCUGGACUUCCUGGAGUGGAUGGUUUAACUGGUCCAGAUGGCCCUCCGGGGAAAGAUGGACCACCAGGAGAAAGAGGUGAUCCUGGACCACCUGGCCCAGGCGGAUCUCCUGGCAGAGGGAGACCUGGAGCCCCGGGGCUUCCGGGACCCAAUGGCCUGCAAGGUGUAGCAGGACCUCAGGGACCAGUGGGCCCCGAAGGUCCUCAAGGACUUGCUGGACCACCUGGCCCUGAUGGACCCCCAGGUCUUUCAGGGGCUUUUCCUGACGGCACCGGCGAGGUUCUGUGCCCAGCAAUUUGCCCCCCAGGUCCAGCUGGUGUUCUUGGGAUGCCAGGAUUUAAGGGUCACACAGGUCAUAAGGGGGAAAAGGGUGAAACUGGAAAAGAUGGAGAGAAGGGAACCCCUGGGCCACCAGGCCCUCCUGGUUUGCCAGGCACUGUCGGCCUCCAGGGUCCUCGUGGUUUGAGAGGGCUUUCAGGUCCAAUGGGACCUGUGGGAGACAGAGGUUUACCUGGUUUCCGUGGAAAGCCUGGUAUUCCUGGUAUCAUUGGAAAAACAGGUGACAUUGGAGAGAAAGGCCCAGUGGGCUUUAAAGGACCAAAAGGAGACAUUGGCAAAAUCGGUCCAAAAGGAUUUCUCGGUGGUAUAGGACCUAAAGGGGAGCCAGGGAUCCCUGGCAGGGAUGGGAAAGACGGCAUAUCGGGCUUAGAUGGAGAAAAGGGUGAUGCUGGCCGACCUGGUGUUCCAGGAGAGAAAGGGCCUAAUGGCCUGCCUGGCUUGCAAGGAAAGGCUGGUUCCAAAGGCUCUAAAGGCGCAGUUGGUGAUCAAGGAGAGAUGGGAGAGGCCGGACCCUCUGGAGAGCCAGGUAUUCCUGGUGAUAUUGGCAUUCCAGGGGAGAGGGGAGAAGCCGGACCUAGAGGAGUGACAGGUGGCAUUGGACCCCAAGGAGAAAUUGGUCCUCAAGGUGUCAAAGGCUUCCAGGGACCAAAAGGGGCAAUUGGGGAACCUGGCCUUCCUGGUCCGACUGGAAUCCGUGGAGGGUUUGGUGAAAGGGGUCCAACUGGAGCGUCAGGUCCCAAAGGAGAUAUGGGUGUCGCAGGAAGUGAUGGACUGCCAGGAGAGAAUGGAGAUCCAGGCCCAUUCGGUCCAGUUGGAAAAAAAGGCGAGUCUGGGAAGAGGGGUGAGCUGGGGCCAAAGGGAGUUCUAGGACCCCAGGGAGAGAUGGGGCCCAGAGGGCUGCCAGGAAAGCCGGGACCCAUGGGCUUCCAGGGCGAACAAGGCCUGCCUGGCAUUGCAGGCAAGACUGGUGUUCCUGGAAAGCUGGCAAGUGAACAGCAUAUCCGAGAGCUAUGUGGAGGAAUGAUUGAUGACCAGAUUGCACAGCUGGCCGCCAACUUGAGGAGACCCCUGGCUCCAGGGCUGGUGGGUCGACCAGGGCCCUCCGGUCCCCCGGGGCCAUCUGGGGCACCCGGUGUAAUGGGACACCCAGGAAGCCGUGGGCCUCCAGGGUACAGAGGACUACCAGGAGACCUUGGUGACCCUGGUCCCAGAGGUGAUGUUGGUGAAAAAGGAGACAAAGGACCGGUUGGCAAGGCUAUUGAUGGACCCCCAGGAGACCAAGGACACCAGGGUCUUCCUGGUGUUCAUGGGAUUGUCAAAGAUGGUCGAGACGGAGCUCCUGGAGACCCGGGCGAGCCGGGUGAACAGGGCCGAAUGGGCAGGACCGGACACCAAGGUUCUCCUGGAAUCUGUGACACAUCAGCCUGCCAGGGAGCAGUGGCUGCUGGGAAAUCUCCCAGUCCAAAGAACAGUUAAAUGCCUUAGAAAGAGACCAGCCGUUUUUUUUGAAAAUAUCUGAAAAUCACACAGGAACAAUGAUAAUGGAGAAGCAAGAAAGAGACAGAAGAGAAAAACAGCAGCUGAGAAGGGAGAAAAUGAAGAAGAAUCAAAAUCUAUCACGAGAACAGGAAGCGCAGGAAGUGAAAAGUUUGUCAUUAAUGAACCCCAAUGAGAAAAUUCCACCUAGGUUCCACAUACCAUCUCAAAAAAGAAAGACAAAAUAA